AUGUCGGGACGUGUUCAAAAGGUUAUGAUUCCCCCUAUUAAUUUUGUAUUCAAGUUAUUACAGCAACAUACUCCAGUAGAAAUAUGGCUUUUUGAACAAGUAGACUUACGAAUUGAAGGACAAAUUCGGGGAUUCGAUGAAUUUAUGAAUAUUAUUUUAGAUGAUGCUGUUCAAAUUGAUACAAAACAGAAUCGACGUGAAAUAGGUCGAAUUUUACUCAAAGGUGACAAUAUUACACUUAUUCGAGCAAUCUAA